AUGCGAAAGGCAAAUAACAAAAAAAGCAACAAAGGAAUUUAAAUCGAGGAUAUAUUUAGCAAAAUGAUUUAAGCUACAAUGCACUCUGAAAGGAGUGUGAGAAUAAAUUCGCAAAUUUAGUUGAUGCUUUUCUUUAUUUGCAAAUUUUAGCUGAUUUUCUUUUUAUUUUACUUGGAUUAUAAAUGGUAAGACACAAAUAAUUUAUAUCUAUAUCACUACAUUCUGUUAGUAAUUUUUAGAAUAGACCUGUUUAUAUCGACCUUUGAAAAUAUCUCAAGUUUAAGUGUCUAUACAAUAUUAAGCAUUAUUAUAAUAAAAUAUUUAUCUUACAUAUUACUUUCAUUUGAUGAUAAAUUAUCGAAAAACAAGUUUACUUAUUUAAUCAAAUCUAUUGGAUUGUAUGGGCAAUUAUUUUAUACUGUUUUUCAUAUUUUAUUUUCGACGCUAAGCUGUUUAUAUAUAUAUCAGCAGUAUAAGUAGGUAGAGUUAAACAAUCUUAAUUAUAUUCAUUUAUUAUUUGGAAUUUUAUGUUUUGUAAUAUUAUAAUUAGAAGGAAUUUAUCAUUUAUAAAUAAGUGAAUAAUCAAUAGAUGGUAAGAUUAUAUGUUUUGAUAGAUUAAGAAUAACAAUUAAAGAAUACAUAAUUUAAUUUUUAAACUUAAUUAUCAUUAUUUUAUUUUCAGUUGUUAAAAAUUCUUAAAUUGUUUCUUGGAUAAUACAUUUACUUGUUUUAUUGAGUUCUUCAUUAAAUACAUUAAAUUUAUAAGAAAAUCAAACUAUUAUAGAUAAUAACAAAAAAUUUAUUAAUUACUUUUCUGAUUCAUUUAAUAUACUCUAUGUAUUUUAUUCACUUAUCUAAACAAUUAUUUCAACAUAAUAAUUUCAAGUAUUUAUUUAUACAAUUUUUUCAUUUCCUUUAUUACUUAAAAUAUUCAUCAAAAUAGAUUAAUAUUUAAAUUUCAUUAUAUUUCAUUAGGCUUUUGAGCGAAAAAAGAUUUAAUUGUUUGCAAUCACCUAAUUGUUAAUAAAAAAAUAAAAUAAUUAUAAUUUCCCUUUAAUUUAUAAAUUAUUCAUUUAUAAUCAUCAUAAGAAGAAAUGUAAUGAUAUUUAAUGUUAUUGCCAUCAUAAUAAACUUUUAAUUGAUCCUAAAGAUACAGCUACUAUUACAUCUGAAAUAGAUAAAGAUUUUGUUCAAAAAAAGUUAAAAUAAAUAAGAAAAUUUAUUAUAAAUUAUAAAUUUGACAAUUUGGAUGAUCUUUAAUAUUACACUGUUUUGUAUGGAGCAUUAUUAUCAAAUAAUGGUUGGUCAAUAUAAUCAAUAAGACAUUUUAAUUAGUUAUUAUAUGGUCGGAAAAAUUUGAGGAACUCUCAACAAAGUAUAAAUUAAUCAAUUUUAAAACCUAACUCCUUUUCAGCAACUUAAAAAAAUGAUUCCUCAUCUCAAACAAUUAAUGAGCCUGAAAAAAAAUUUUAAGAAAUUUAAAUGAAUGAACAAAAGAGGCAUCAAAAAAAUACUUUAACCUAAAUGGUUAAAUUUGAUUUUAUUUAACUUUAAAAAAUUUAAUUUUUUUUAACUUAGACGAAGCACUAACUAAAAAAUUUGUUUGGUGGUCAUUAGCUGACAGCUGAACAACAUAAUUUAUCAGAAUAAAUUCAAGCUUUUAUGAAAUAAGAACUAAAAAUGGACCAAUAUAUAAAUGAAAUUAGAAAAAUCUUAAAACUGAAAAUCAAAUAUUUAGAAAAUUUAACUUAACAAAUUAAAGAUAAAAAAAUUUCUGAAUUCAUGAAAGCAUUAACUUUAAUUUCAAGUAAAUUAAUAAUUUUUAAAAAUGUAUUAUAAUUAGAAUAUGAAAAUUAUCAAAGUAAAAGAUUACAAUCACUAUAAAUUUUUUAUGAAGCAGAAAUCUUUAGAAACUUAUUAGAGGCUUUUAAAUUAUACAACUAAGCAUCUCUUUCAGAUGAUCCUAUAUCAAUAUUAAAUCAAAAUAUAAAUAUUAAAUUUUAUUCUAAUAAAAUAAGCUAUAUAAUGGUAGAGAUAGAUGAUGAUUUAUAAGGGGCAGAAAUAUUAAAAUAUUCAACAAAUUUAAGAUAAUUGAUUGAAUGUAGUCCGAAUGAUGAAAUACAUUUCUAUUCUCUAUUUCUACCUUUUAUAUCUAGAGAACAUCCAUUAUUAAUAUCAAGAUUUUUUAAAUUUGGAUAAUCAAAAUUUUAUAAAUAAUUUAAUUAGACUUUCAUUAAAUCUAAAAAAAAUUUGGCAAAAUCUAUUAUUUUUAGUUUUGACAAUAUAGUUUAAAUAGAGUAAGAAAAAAUUACACUUAUUGGUUUAUUAUAAGAAAUAGAUAUCUAAAAUCCAUUUAUAAUGGUAGAUGUCAACUUAAUUGUUGGAGGAUUAACAAAAUCUUUGUUUUCAACCUUAGGAUAUAAUUAAAUUUACAUAGACAAUAUAGCAGAUUUUUCUAUUUUCUACCAAAUAAAAAUAACAUAAAUAUUUCCAGAUUUUAAUGAAUUCAUUUAAAAUGAAAAUUAAUCAAUUAUAAAGUAUAAUAAUAUAGAUACAUACUUUAUUGAUUUGGAAUAUUUUUUUAGUGAAUUACAAACUGAAAAUUUUGAUUCAAAUAAUCAAUAGGCAUAAUUUUUACUCAAAUUAUGGGACAAUCCUCAUAUAAAAUCAUAUUAUUCAAGUAUUACUAUUUACACUUAUGAAAUUUAUGGUUACAAUUAUUAUGUUAUACAAAUUGAUUCUUUAGUUUAAACUUAAAAAUGUAAUAAAACUUAAGAAAAAAAUAGCGAAGUUCAUAGAAAUCUUGAAUAAUCAUAAAGUUUUGAAAUCAGUUAAUUAAAUUUAUCAAUAGAGGAAGCUAUGCCAAGACUCAUUAAUUAAUUUACAAUUAAAAAUAGGGAAAAUUAUUCAUAGAAUUUACAAAAGAAUAGUCAAAUUAUAAAUUUAUUUGCAGUACAAGAAGUAGAUUAAGAAGAAGUUUAUCUAAAGAUGGACUAACUUUAAUUAAUGUUAUCUCCUAAUAAAAGCACAAGUUAAUUGAUUGAAAAAUAAUAAAAUAAAUUGUUGCGUUAAUCAUCAUAGUAAGAUUAUUACACUGUAAAUACAAAUUAAAAAUAAAAUAAACAACUUAAUAGUAUAGAUCACGAAGAAUUCAAUUAAAAAGGUGAUUAAAAAUUAAUUGAAAAUUUAUUAAAGAAUUCUUUGUAAUCAACAGAAAUUGGGGCCAAUAGUGAAAUUAUCAAAAAAUAUGAAUUAUUGAACUCUUUGACUAAAAUUAAAAUCCCAAAAAUUUUGAAGAUUUCUCUAGCUACUUUUAUUUUAUUUGUCUUGAUUUAAACAAUAUGCUUAUCCUUAGUGAUAUCGAUUCUUCAUAAUGACAUUUAGUAAUUUAUUUCAGAUAUAGAGAUUAUUGCUCUGCAUGCAAGUAUAUAAGGACCUCAUGAUUUAUUUUUUUCUAUGAGAAAUACAAUUACUUCGUAUCAAUAAAUGUCAAGGGAAGGAUUCAUUCCUGCUAACAAAGUUAAAAAUUUGACUGAACCUUAUUAUUUAAAUAUUUAAUAUGGAUAUUAUGAAUUGAGGGAUAGUUUAUAUCAAUAACUAGAAAAUGAUUAUUUGAAAAUGUUUUUAGAUGAAGAGGUAAUGACACUACUAUUUAUGAGAAACAAUGACACAGAAAAUUAUGCAAUGGAACAUUUAUCAUUUAGAGAAGGUUUAUUGAUCAUAUUACAAUACUAAUUUGCAUAAAUGAGAACAUUUUAAAAGAGGGAGAGUACUGCAGGAUAACCAUAUUAAGUUUUUCUGUUUUCCAAUUAUUAUAAUAUUCAGGAUAAACUGGAAAGUAUUACAAAUGAUAUUUUAUAAUAUUCUAAAAAUAGAAGUUUAAAUGUAGGAAUAAAAUGGUAAAUAAUUUGUUUAUUUUUUGCUUUCAUUGUAAUUAUUAAUUCAAUAUUUUUAAUGAUUGAACUUCAUCAAUAUUAUAAAUUAUAUGAUAGAUUUUUAUAGUUAUUAAAUUUUAUGGAUAAAUAAAAAAUAUCUUUAGAAAUAGAAAAACUGAAUUAAUUAUAUAAAUUAAUAACUACGAAUUAAGAAUCUAUAUAUUCAUAUUAAUUUGAUCUUUAACGUUAAGAAUAAUUGAUGAAUAAUUAUAUUGCUUUAAACAAAAUCACAAAUACUAAGAAAAAUGUUGAAAGCAAUUCAUAAAUUAAAAUUCAAAGAAGAAAUAUUUUAGUGUUUUUAAUAUUAGUAGCUUGCAUAUUUUAAGUUUAUAUAAUAGUUAUUUAAAUCAAAACAAAUGAAUACAUUAGUAAAUAUGAUGACACAGCAGAUUUUUACUUUAUGAUUUAAAAUUUAAAAUUCAGAAGUGGAUCAAUGUAUAUGUAUAGAGAACAUUUAUUAAGAUGGAAGAAUUUUACUUAUUUAACAGCUUAUGAUUUAGAGAGAGCAUAUUAAUUAAUAGAUAAAGCAUAAAUGAAUAUAUAGGAAUAUUUAGAUUUUACAAGUUCAUUUUAAUCAAAUAAGUAUUUAUUAUCUGAUGAAUUCAUUUCUUUUUUUGAAUAUUAAUAAACUCAUGAUUUAUGUGAAUUUAUAGACUAAGUAUAUAUUAUAUUUAAUAUUUAUAGAUUUAUAUAGAAUUUAUGUCAUUAUAUUGUGAAAAAUCAUUUGAUGGAUUAUUGAAAUCAGGUUCAAUUUCAGUUCUUAAUUUUAUGUCAAAUUAAAUUAAAAAUUAAUAAGCUGUUAAUAAUUUUACUAAAAGAGCUGAAGUUAAUCUUUAUGAAAUGGAAGGAUCAUAAAUUGUAAUUAGAUCAUUUUUUAGAGUUUCGGAUGAAUUUUAAAUUGGUUUGAAAUAAAUCACAACAUAAUAAAAUGAAUUCACUCUCAUAAUAACAAUCAUAUUCAUUUGUUAUUUGAUUAUUUUCUUAAUGGUUGUUGUAUUUAUAAUCAAGAAUCUAUUAGUAAAAGAAUACGCUAUGCUAAGAAGGAUAGUAUAUUUAAUUCCACAAUAGAUUGUUUUAGGAGAUGAAUCAUUUGAAAGAUUUCUAAAAUAGUUAGCAUUAACCUAAGAAUUAAAAUGA